AUGGAUGCCUCAGCCCCCAAGGCGAUCCUCACAUCCGACAAUUUCCCUCAUGGACUAGAGAUCUCGCGGGCCACCUCGCCCGGUGGUGAGCCCAUCGUCAUGAACGGUGACGGCGAGCCGAAAGCUCGGGUUCGACCGCGGACCUAUCCAUACUUCAAAUACCUGCCAUAUCACCUAGAAGAUGAAGCGGAGCGGGAUCGAACCUUACGAGAAAUCUUGAACCAGCUCUAUAUCUCAGUGGAAGCAGGUGAUUUCAGUCCUGGAGCUGUUCACUGGACACGCGAGCUUCGAGGGUGGCUGUCGCUCAAGUUUGAUCCGACUCGGAAAGAGCGCAUCAACUUGGUGAAGCUGUACUAUGAGCUUUCGCUGGCACCUGGUAUCGAUCCAGGUGUUUCGGAACGGUUCGCGAGCAUGUUCAUGCUUCUUACCAAGCGCAAGCAUUAUCUCCGACCCAUCAAAGACCUCGUCCUCGACUGGAAACCCCUUUACAAAGAACUGAAGGCCUUUGUCCUCCCCACCGAGUCCGGCCUGGUCCACUCGACCAAUCUGAAGCGAAAUGUUAAGACCUUAACGAAGCUGUGCGCGUUCGCUCAGCUAUUCAUCGAUCCCUGCGAACUCCCUGCGAUGCUCGAAGAAUUCCUACCUCAUUAUACCACAUCGUUUUCCGAAGGCGCUUUCGUGGUGGCAGGAUUGAUCAACCUACUGCUCCCAACCUCCCCUCCUCCUGCCUCUCGAGAGGAUCUUCGUCCACAAAAUCAUCUGCCAACACAAUUCCAUCUCUGGUCUCUGGUUGGUCGCUCAAAAACCUUUGAUACGACAUACCUGGACUACUUGUCUCGACUGGCUCGAGAUUCGCUGCCAGCGGGUCACAUCCCGUUCUCCGAGCAUGGCAUUUUCACAAAGGAACAAACGUCCCUCAUAUUUACGGCAAUCCUACGCUUGCUGGAGAUUCCCGUAGGACAAUCUACCUCCCCAUACAGCGCUCUGGUGGAUAUUUCUUCCGGUCUAGGAAUCAUGCUUGACCGUGACACACGCAAGCAUCCCGUUGCUCACCAUAUUGCCCGAUGGAUUGUAAUGUCACUCUCUCCAGCUUGCUUGGAGUCCGAAGACUCGAUCCUCAGCCAGCUUGAGGGACUCAUCCAGGCUGUUGAAACGUUCUUCCACCCUUCGAACUCGGGCGCAUGGACUAAAACAUUAUCCCAAUUAGUAUACUAUUUGACUGAUUUCUUCGUCAUGCGCUGGAAUCGUGAGCAAAGUGGUGAAAUGGAGAUUCCGCCCGAACGACGACUGAAUGAACCGCUCAAACAUCGUUUUGUGUUGUGUCUCCGGGAUGUAAUCUUCAUGGGUAUCUAUGCCAAAAGCAGCACGGCCAUGACCUUCUCCUUGUCAACUCUACAAGGUCUUGCCUACCUGGAGCCCCACCUCAUUCUCCCAGGAGCUUUGCAAAGAAUCUACCCUUCUCUGCAGGGCCUGGUAGAAGUGCAUCGAACAACCUCUUCUCUUCGUUCCAUGCAAGUACUCUCCCGCGUUAUUACUCGCACAAAGGGCUACCGUUGUCAUAUGACGACCCUUCUCGGUCUUGCACUUCCCGGUAUCGAUGCCAAUGAUUUGGAGAAGUCUCUUCAUGCUUUGUCAUUCAUUCAGUCUGCCUGCUAUAAUAUUCCGAUGGUAGAUUUGACGAAGGGAAGAGAGGAUAUCAAUUGCAAUAUGCUUGCACUCCAGUGGAUUACCGGCGAAAUGGAAAGAAUGGAGGAGGAAGGUGCCAACGUGCAACUAAACUAUGAUACAGAACUAGAUGACGAGACGGAAGAAAUGAUUUUGCGUUCCUCUACUUGUGGCUUUGGAGACUUCACUAUCUCUUUCUUGGGCCGUGUAUUCACGCUCCUCGAAAAUUUACCUGAUGUCACCAGGGUGCGCAAUGGUUCCCCAGAAGAGAACAUUGUGAACACACUCCCCGCAACAUUCAUGCCUCUUCUCGCGUCACUGUCUCCCGAGUAUUAUGAUAUCGCCUUGUCAAAAAUUGUGGAUUUUGUCUCCAACCACGUCAUCCACCAAGCACGAGAUGCAAUGGCUUUCAUCUGCAAUGCGUUGUGCAAAGUCAACCCUGAAAAGGCUCUCAAACGCUUCAUUCCUGUUCUGACCCAAGCUAUUCGCACUGAAAUCGAGGAGAAUGGUGCUGGCUCUACUCGCACGACAGGCACAGACGUUCUUCCUCGCGACCGUGGUUUAGUUUGGAAUGUUAGCAUGCUGAGCAUGUGCGUGGUGCACGUUGGUGAUGCUGUACUUGCCCAUCGGCAGGAGCUCUUUGACAUUGCUGUCUACAUGCAGCAAAAGUGCCGAGGCAUUCCGACCGUCCAUAUCUCUAAUUUCAUCCACCACCUCCUACUCAAUUUGACUGGUACAUAUACGAGCGACUACUCCCUCUAUGAGAAGGCGGACAUCGCCAAUGGCAUUGAGCCCAAGCACUGGAGCUACUCAGCCGACAUUCAAAGCCUAAACAUCAACUGGCAUGUGCCUAAGCGAGAGGAAAUUGAGUUCGCGGUUGACGUCUUCAAGAACCAAGCAGAAUCGGCUUUAAAGCAUCUAUCGGGACUGACGAAUGAGACGUCGAGCAUUAAGCGGGAUGGGAGUGGAAAAGACUGGUCGGAUGAAGUUACUCGGAAUCUAGUUCUUCUCAGGCUUCUCCUGUCGGGCAUCUCAGUCCUCUUUGACCCCAAGGCCGCCUCGAAGACAUCGCAAGAAGUCUCCAAUGGAGCGUCCGUGGCGUCAAGUGAAUUUGAAAUGGUGGAUGCCGCCUCGGUGUCAAACGGCGCAGGCGAUGAGGAUCUCGACGCGUCUCUGGACAGCUCAGACGAGUCUACGGUCAGAGAAAGCUUCCCUUAUCCUACCGGAUAUCCUCUCCAAGAAGGCGAUACUUUGUACACUACCAUUCAUGAGAUCCGCGAGCGGGCUGGAUUGGUUUUGCACGAUGUGCACCGUUUCUUGAGCGAUAAGCAAGAGGACGAUGUGCCGUGCUUCGGUGCGCUCUACUCGGCUUUCAGAUCAUGGUUUGUGGAUGUUGGAAUUGAGAGAUCCGCCCAUGUUCUGGACCGUGUGGUCCGCCUUCUAGCAGCGGACAUCCACCCAUACAAGAUGAGUGGUAUUCGAAAAGACUACCCUCGAGCAUUGCUUGUUCGCAGAGCCAAUGUCUACCAUCUCCAACGACUCCGCCACAAUGCCGCGCCGCGACCCCGAUCAAAACUUGACGAGAUUCUCCUACUUGAUCUAGCCGAGUCCUGCGUCUCCCUCUACACAGAGACACGACGGAAUGCCCAGAAUGCCGGUGAAUCGGCCCUUAAAUCCGUCUGGGGCGCUCGGUCACUUGUUAUUCCUCCUCUUUUGAAAGCCUUGCAGAAGGGUGUUAAGGAUAAUGAUCACGCACGUAUCAAGGGAGCACUCUUUUCUCUGCUUCUGAGCAGCAUCGCCAAGACUGUCGGGCGAAACUGGAAAUAUACACCGGCUUUGAUCCGUACUUUUAUCGAUGCCAGCGCGGUUGACAAGCCAUCCGUGCAGAAGAUUUGCUCCACUAGCGUGUUCCAAAUUAUGGAGUACGGUCGUGCGAUGGAGCGCAUGGCCAUAUUGGAUCGAGAUAUCGUGGAGGCAAUUGCCCCCAGCGAGGAUGUUAAUGGUGAAAUCGAGCAGAAGCGAAAGGCUAUCAAUAACAAGCGCGCUAUGAUCGAAAAGAAGAAGGCCGGCCUUGCUGAAGAGCUGGUGAACCUUGCCCGAGUUUCACACUGGAAAAUUGCCAGCCGUGCUGCGACAAUCGUCAUCACUAUGGGUCUCCGGUUCGAUUAUAUUGCAAGUGAGAACUUGAUCGACCUGGUCACUCUUGGCUCGAUCGAUGAUCACCCAGGCCUGCGUGGCAUGUACUCUCAGGCACUCAUUGCAUUGUUCACUAUGAUCGACGUCCGCGCCAUCUGCAGCCACGAAUACAAGAAUUACAUCUUGGGUCACCAAAGAUUCCCCUCCAAAAUCAAGGUGGCUACUCAGCCAUAUGAGAAGGAUUGGACACAAGAAUACUUGGCGAGCUUUGCGAAGCCCGAGGCCGAGUAUUACGUUGAUCAUGAUUUCCCAGGUUGGCUGGUUUGGGGCAAGACUAUGCCUGCCUACAAGUCCAACGUGGAACGUGACGUUGAGUACGAUGAAGUGGAAUGGAACGUGCGUACCCAGAUGGGUAAGCUUUUUACGCGCGAGUGGUUUUCCAAGUUCUUCAUGUAUUUGAAGCAAGAGCCGAGGGAUCCUUCCGCGGAUAAGUUCCGCAUGUCCUGCGCUAUGUUGCUGCUGUAUGCCUUCGAGCUCAUGAUUCGGGAUGGUCUCACAGCUGCGUCGUUCGAGGACAUCCAGCAGGAAAUCCAGGCUGUCUACGAGGAUGGAAGCGAUAAGCAUCAACAUCGCGCGACGGCAGAGAUUUUCGGCGCUUUGGUCAGUUCGGUGACCGACACAAGCGUGGAGAAGCGUGCUUUAGUAUGGGAGUAUGCCUUCCCAAUUGUACGGAAGAUAUUUACCGAUGGUCUUACUCCGGAGAACUCGGGCUACUGGACUACUUUCCUCCAUAUGAUCCUACAAUGCCGGGAUCCUCGCCGGGCCUGGCCGCUUGUUGAUUGGCUGGCCAGCUUCCGUCUAGAUAUGUCCACUAAUGCUGCCUUCAAAGAGAGCUCCAAGAUUAAUCUAUUGCAUCAAUGUAUCAUUGAUGCCGGGUGGCACUUCCAGCUGGAAAAGCCAAUCGUGGAAGACUUCCUAGCUCAUCUGGAUCACCCAUACAAGGGCGUGCGUGAAGCGAUGGGUCAGACUCUCGCAACUAUUUACCGCACAAGAUACCACGAGUCGCACCCAGAUCUUCAGCAUCUUCUGGAAGUACAGAAAUCUGCCUCGUCUGUUGGCACUUACCCGUAUCUGCCGUCUGAUGAAUUUUCUACGAUGGUUCGAGGAGUCUUCAAUCAGAUUGAGCAAUGGCGCCAGGCCAGAACUCCGGGCCAGCAGACGCCUUCGUCAUACACGUCCGGCAGCAAGACAGUUCUCCUGUGGCUAGAUUCAACACUCUCCUCGCAUGAGUGCACUCAGCUAGUUACCUUCUUCUCCGAUGUAUUCACAGCUCAACUGCUGCAUAUGAUGGAUGUCAAGGAAGAUCCCGAACUGCAGUCUCUCGCCUACCAUGUUUUCCGCCAUCUCCCCAACAUCCCCUACCCUGCGGAGAAGAACUCCGAGUUCAUUCGGUCCCUCAUCAAAAUUGGGCAGACCUCUCCCUCAUGGCACCAGCGACUGCGUGUCAUGAUUAAUAUUCAAAUCAUCUAUUUCCGCCGACUAUUCCUGUUAGAUCCUUCUGACCGCGACAAGCUAUUUGAGUGUAUUGGCUCCAUGCUUGAAGACCCACAGCACGAAGUUCGCGCUGGUGCAUCUGCAACCCUGUCCGGCAUGAUUCGCUGCUCGCCAAUCUUCCUACGUGACAAGAUGGUCCGCCAUUUCCAGCAACGCUUCACAAAGCUGCUUGCGGACAACCCUCUUCCCAAGAAGCCGAAGAACUUCCGGUCCGGUCUUUCUUCUGCGGUUUCCUCGGGCGCGGGCACGCCUACUCCCGAACACAACCGGCUGAUCAUCGUCCGGCACGGCGCGGUUCUGGGUCUUGGUGCCCUGAUCCAAGCGUUCCCGUAUAACAGUCCUCCGCCUGUCUGGAUGCCUGAGGCUCUGACAACUUUGAGCAUCCGCGCAGCCAACGAUCCUGGCGUCGUGGGCUCGAGUGUGAAGUCGAUCAUCAGUGAAUUCAAGAAGACUAGACAAGAUACUUGGCACAUUGAUGCGAAGGCCUUCACACCGGAUCAGCUCGAAGAUUUGUCGGGUGUUCUGUGGAAGAGCUACUUUGCUUAA